AUGCUGAGCGUGGAGAUGUACCCCAGUCUGACUCUGGGACCUCAGAGGAUCGGAGAGUGCUUUUACAGAGACCGGCAAGCAUCGGCCCACAUGCCGCUGUUCCCUCCCGCCUGUGACGUGGCGGCCAAAGCCCUGCCCCCGAGGCUGCUGGCCCCGCCACACGUCCCCAACGACCCGACCACCAAAACCCCCAAAAAUGAGGUGAAGAUGGAGCUGGAGAACGCGUCUCUGUGGAAACAGUUCAGCUCGGUGGGCACAGAGAUGAUCAUCACGAAGAAGGGCAGACGGAUGUUCCCCGGGCUGAGGUUAAAGCUCUCCGGCCUGAACCCGUCCCUCCGCUACAUCCUCCUCCUGGACAUCAUCCCGGCGGACAACUCCCGCUAUCGCUUCCAAGGUGGCGGCUGGCAGGCUGUUGGCGGUGCAGAGGCGAGGUUACCCGACCGGGUUUUCAUCCACCCAGACUCUCCCGCCACAGGUGCUCACUGGCAGAGCCGCACCAUCUCGUUUCACUACGCCAAGCUCACCAACAACACACUGGACUCACAGGGACAUAUAAUCCUGCACUCGCUGCAUCGCUACCAGCCCAGACUUCAUGUGAUUGAAGCCAGAGAUGUGCUGAGGUGGGGCGGAGGGCAACACUCCUUCGUUUUCCCCGAGACCCAGUUCCUCACAGUCACCGCCUACCAGAACAACAAGAUCACAGAGCUGAAGAUCAGCUCCAACCCCUUUGCUAAAGGCUUCCGAGACGAGGGCAUGAACAGCAAAAAACAAAGAGAUGCACGACUGAAGCGCAAAAUAUCUGUCAUGACAGAAACCUUGGAUAUUGUGAACUGUGAUCCGUGCGACUCCACUGAGCUUCUGCCCCCGUCCAUAACCACCAGCGCAGACCUUCAGGUCCUCGCUCUGGCCUCGAUGCCCCCACUGCCCGACCCCUCCUGUGACUUCAGACCAGAGGAGGCCUCCUAUCAGGAUGCUCUGGUCCCGGAGCAGCCGCUAGAUAUUGGCCAGGCGUUCAUGGCAUCGCAGAUGUCUGACAUCGGCAUCUCCUUGGCCAACGGGAUGCAGGGCACACCAGGAAUUGAUUUGGCGAAUCGUAUGAUUGAAAGAUCAGACACUAUGGAAGAAGCAGCUUACACCUCCACCUUCUCUGCUGUUCAGGCCUCCUCGUUCCCUUCAGCUCCUCUUCCUCAGUCAUCCCCCUCCUUCUCCGACUCUUCAGACACAUCCAAUCCUCAGCCUAUCGACUAUCCCUCCAUUCUGUCCUCCUCUUCCUCCUCCACCACCACUCCCUCCCUGCAGCAGACCUCCUUCACCUUCCCCACUCCGCCUCCCUCCAACUCCUCCUCGCCACAGCCUCUCCUGUCCUCCUCCUCCCCCUCUGCCAACACCUAUCACACCAUCCCAGAGACAAUCAGCCCUCAUACGCCUACAGACGCCUCUUUCUCUGCCCCACCUUCCACGUGUCAGUCAAUACUGCAGGACCAGAUAUCAGUUCACUCUCUGCUCACCGGUCAGCCUCCGCAGGGUGAACCUAUCACCGGCGGAAAUAACCCACCCGGCGACCAAAGCUCAGCAGCAUUCAUCUAUCCAAAUAUCCUUCCUGCAAAUCCUGAUCCUGCUCCAGUUCCCGCUCAGUUUCUCCACAACUACAACCACCAACUACAACCUCCCAGUCUGCCGUGCUCCCUACCCGCUCAUGGUGCCCACACAUCUUUUGCCUUCCCCUCCGUCCCUCCACACAUGCAAAAUCUGUCAUUCUCAAACGCGUCUCCCAGCGCCGCCCUUCACCUCCCAAAUCUGAGCCACCAAGCCCAAGCUGCCUUCCCUCCCUCCUCCUUCACUCACCCUUCGUCCUCCCUUCCUAACCAUUUCCAGCCCUCCUCUUGCUUGCUUGCCUCAAUGCAGCCUACAGCCCAUCCUCAAAACCUGCCCAACCCCUCCACCUCCUCAUACCCUCCAGUUGACCUAGGUGCCAUCCCACAGUUCAAUCCCGCUGCCCCCUAUCGCCCAGAGAUGGUACUGCACCACCCGUCUCUUCUCCCUCAGCUGGAUCCAUCACUUCCCUCCAGCGCCUUCCCGUCCUACCCUCUCCGGCUCUGUCAGGAACCUCACCCAUCCCUCUCCAUCCCGUUCAGGCAUCUGUACAGAAACACCAGCAUGGACACCCCCACCCCCACCCCCACCCCCAGGGGUCCUACCUGGAUAUGA